AAAUGAACUUCACCGGAAUAAUAUUUGCAAAACAAUGGUUGAGCCUGUUACACAGAACGUGUCUAGUUACGGCUUAGCAGAGCUAGAAAGGUGCUAGGAAAAGAUGCAUUAAAAACAACACGAUCAAAGGCUAGCUGCCUAUAUCGACGUUGAAAACCGUUGCAAUUUCUACGUCGUAGAAGGAAACUUAACUUAAGGUAUGCUGAAUUUCGUAUGCAUCCUGUCUUUGUCUGUCUUCGUGUUGAUUAAAACUCCGGCCAGUCCUACGCCGCAGAAUUCUAUUCCAGCUUGUGAAUUUGACGGAUCCUAUCCGAAUGACACUGUUUUCUGCAAAGAGUAUCUUGACCAUUCAACGUGUACCAAUACCAAAGAAUGCUGCGAAAAUCCGAACCCCUCAAUUAACGGAUGCUUCAAUAUGUCAGUAAUGCAAGCAUAUGGAUUGUGGACACCACCGGUCCCAGACCCCACAGAGGAUCUCCUAUCCUGCUCUCGUAAGGACUUUGUCAUCUCUCAAGAUAACAACACAGACAAGGCUAUAGACGGUCACGUGUUAGAACAUUACAAAGUCCUGACCCUCACCCAGUGCGGUGAUUUCUGUUUACGUCUGCCUCGGUGCCGCGCGUUUAAUUUAGCUACUGUCAUAGACAUGGAGGGGACAAAAGAUUGCGAGUUACUGGAAGAUGAUACGAAAGUUGCCGACAGACAAGGAUUCAGUUUUUGGUUGUUUGACAGAGACUCAUAUGAAGAGGCAUACUUGACGCCACUUUGUGCCUCCGAGGAUAGGGUCUAAAAGUACUUAGAGUGACCACGAGUGACCACGAAUGACCACGAGUGACCACGAAUGACCACGAAUGACCACGAGUGACCACGAGUGAACAUGGGUGACCACGAGUGACCACGAGUGACCAUGGGUGACCAUGAGUGAGAUUACUUCAAAAACUGUCAAUAAUGUUAUUAUUACGUCAUUAUGACGUCGUUGUAAGAUCAUUUCAUCACGAUUAUGACAUAUGCAUCAAACUGAAACUAUUUACUGGUGUAGUAAUCAAAGAUUACAGCAGUGGCUGUGCGUUCAUGAUUCCAUUGUUCAGUUCCUUUACAAAUAUUGGCUGUUGAGCUUAUGUUCUUUCAGGCUGAAAGCGAAGAAAAAUCCGAGCGGUUUUAUCAAACGAAGUGAGGCUCGAAACUUCAGGCGCGGACUAUAUAUAUAUUUUCUCAACACCGAGUUGCAAAGCAUUCAUGCUCAGUUACGUACUUGUAGUCGAGAAUCACAGCGCCAAACUGUAGCUAGCACUUUGCGUUAUUCAUACGCAGUGCCAUCGGAUCUAACUCGUGACUGCGUGCACGCACUCAUGUUGUUAUUUGCCCCUGCUACAGUACAAGGAGGACAUGGAUGAACACGGUCGUCCCAAAAAAUUUUGAACGGACUGGACUAGGAUUGCGUUACACCACGUGAACGCAACUAGUUUAACUAGAACACGUCCGAUGAUUUUUAGCGACUCAGUUUAGAAGAGGUGCAUCUUCUCUAUGUCUUCCCCCUACUCCUUUGGAGGUGUUCACAAUCGUGGCAUGUGGACAAAAGAUUGCAGAUUGCAUAUCAUGGAAUGAAAGGGAAACCCAAAAAUGUGAAUUGAAAAAUAAAUUUUGCGAGUUGUAGCUCGGCAAAUGGCUAUGAUAAGUUGUCAGGAGUCAAACAUUCUUCCGAGUUGUGUAGCUUGCCCAAAAGGCCGUGAUUUGUGAUCAGAAUGGUUUAUUCAUUACUAAUUUAACAGUUUUCAUUUUUGAAAACAAGACGUCGUAAAUUCGAGCAAUUUUAAAAAAAUACAAAUGCAAAGUAAAAUUUUUGGCGAUGCGCCCUUUGACUAUAAACUAUGUCAAGAAGUAUUUGUUACAAGCGUUGGCGUUCUGAAAUUGAACGUUCAGUUUCGACAAAAAAGUUUAAAGAAAUGCUUCUCCUGGAAGUUUAGAGUUUCUUACAAGUUUAUAGUUUUACAAGUUUUUAAUCUAUUCAUUGCUAGUUCAACUUGACUUGCAGAUCGUUAACUGUUAUUUAAUCAAACAAAACACGCAAAAGUUUUGAGCCUCACUUCGUUUCGUAAAAUCUCGGAUUUUUUUUCGCUUUCACAAAUGAAAAAGGUCACGUAAUAAGCAUCAAGGAACAUAUUUCAACAGCCAAUAUUUGUAAAGGAACUGAACAAUCGAAUUGUGGACGCACAGCCACUGCUGUAAUCUCUGAUUACUACACCAGUAAAUAGCCUCAGUUUGGUGGAUAUGUCAUUAUUUGAUGAAACGACCUUACAAUGAAAUUUACGUUUUUACUUUUAAUAACAUCACUGACAUUUAUUGAUGUAACCUUACUCGUGGUCACUCGUGGUCACUCGUGGUCAUUCGUGGUCACUCGUGGUCACUCGUGGUCACUCGUGAGUACUUUUAGACCCUAUCGCCUCCGAGUUGGAAAAAAAGCCAGGCUCUGGAAGCCACAGACAGUUGAAAACAUCUUGAAGUCUUGAGGGACAAAGAACAAAAUAGCAACAGAAAGAAAAGCUAUUCUUCAACACUGAGUAAUCAUCUUGAAUAUUGCCCAUUAAGAGAUGUCGCAAUCUGUCAGUCGCAGCCUAAGGAAGCAAUAAGAAGCUAUCUGCUGUAAGACAGCAAUCCCGAUAGUUCAGCUGUCAUGUCAUGUCAUCUCAUGUCAAGCCAUAUUAUGUCAUGUCACGUCCCGUUGCGCUACGGCUUUCCAUGUCACGCCAUGUCAUUCCAAUUAGUUUUCCUUCGUUAGUUAUUCUCUGGCCAAGCUCACAUCCCUCUAGACUGCGAGAAAUCUCUCUUUUGCUCGGAAGUCCCUGGGGAAGAACGCAAAACAAGUGAGCCUACGAGCGUGACCGCGAGCGUGAAAUGUCAUGCACGCUCGCACACGUCCGUUCGCUCGCUUGCGUUGCGUUCUUCUUUACGCUCUUUAAAUUUCCGCGGAAUUUUUAAUUCGAGCAUGCGCAAAAGAGAGACUGCUCGCAGUAAAAGUAUAACAUCCUUCCGUACUAUCUUCCCUCGGGGAACCUGAUUAGAAGUCAUUACCCCGAUUAAAUUGAAUUAUACAUGACGUAUGAUUUGACACAAAGUCGCUAUAAAGACUUAUCGCGAUAACUAGAAGGUGUUUAAAAUUCUUGUGUCAAUUUUGCGCGCCUAGCUGCUAAGAUUAUUGUUUGGAAAAUUUCAAAUGUUUCUUCGAAAUUUUACUUUCUUAAAGGCUUGUUGUCAUUUAAUGCACCAGCGUAUAUUCGAUCAUUGCAGUUGAUGUUGGCUGUUCAAACGGUCCACGUUUCAUCGCAACUAGAAUGAAAGUAUUGUUUCUUAACCUUUAUCUUAGCUGUCGAAUUAUGGUACCACGUAGAACGGAGAUGUUAACAAGAAAAACGAGAACGCGAACAAGAAAAGCAAGAAAAACAAGAUGAGGGGAAAGGUUCCUUGUCUACUUGCAAGGGACGUCUUCUGUCAACUUAAGAUUUAAGGCAAGGACAGUCCUGUUUCUCUAGAAGAUGUAUGAAUAAAUCGGCAGCUAAUUAAAGGAAUAACUAACGAAAAAAUGAUUAGAUAAUGAAUCAAUCAAUUAAUAAAGAAGCCAGUGUAGUAGAUUUCAAAUUGUUGAUUAUUAACUAUGAGAACUAUUUGUUGAGUAUUAUGAGAUACUAAAGUUUUUUUUUAAAUAGAUAAAUAAAUUACACUAUUUAGAGAGAAAGCCACGUCAGCCUUACCUGAUUUUCAUGCGGGUCCUCUGGUAAAAUUGGAAUUUGUGUUUGGAAAUAAUCUGUCCAAAAAGCUUAAAGAACAACUGGAAUUUAGAGAUUGUACUACACAGAGCUAUCUAAAAUGAAUCAUUCCCUUUUCAUGUAUUGUCUUGUUUUUAUUUUAGCUGGGACAUAUUCAGUUACGUGACUUGUGUAGACCAAUUACGUGUGAGCGAAAAUAUCUGACGGAUUAUACUACACAGUAGUACCCUGAUUUGAGCACACGACAGCCGAACGAGAUAUACAGGAUACUGAAGAAAGACGGAGUUUUAGGGGUUUCAAUAGAAUUCCCUCCCAGGGCCUUUCCCCUCCCCCAUCGUGCGCGGUCUAUUUUCCCCUUUCCAGCCUCAAGUUUUAAUUGUUUACUAAAAGUUCUCUUGGACUCGUCUGUUUUUGUCGACAAUGAUACCGACGCAGUGGCAAGAAAAAAAAUAUCGAGUACAGCCACUCUUUGAAUAAAAUUGAAAAGAGAGAAACUAGAGCGUUUUAAACUCACCCGGAGAAAUUGCCAUUUUUCGUAGAAAGUUACAAUGAAUCCUUUUCGAAUCGGUUGAUAUAUGGGUUUAAAGAUGAAGAUAAAGAUGCGUUGUAAUUGUUAU